AUGUUCAGAAAUAAUUAUGAUAAUGACUCUGUCACCUACUCUCCUACUGGUAGACUUUUCCAAGUGGAAUAUGCCCUUGAAGCGAUAAAGCAAGGAAGUGCUGCCGUUGGAAUUGUGUCUUCUACACAUGUCGCUCUUGUAGCUCUUAAGAGGAACGCCGAAGAAUUGGGAUCGUAUCAAAAGAAGAUCAUCAAGAUUGACGACCACAUGGGAAUUGCAUUGGCAGGAUUGGCUCCAGAUGCCAGAGUGCUUUCUAAUUUCCUCAGAAAGCAAGCCAUGACAAGCAAGAUGAUAUACAACAAACCAAUCUCAACACAGAGUGCGGUGUUGUCCAUUGCUGAUAAAGCACAAGAAAACACGCAAUCGUACGGUUCCAGACCAUACGGGGUUGGUUUAUUAGUCGGAGGUUACGACGAGUCUACCGAUUCCUGUCAUCUCUACGAGUUCCAGCCUUCCGGAAGCGUCUUGGAGUACUAUGGUGCUGCCAUCGGAGCUAGACUGCAAGCUGCCAGAACUUACUUGGAGAGAAACUUGGAUACCAUUCGUGGCAGUGAGGCACACUUGAGUCAAGAGGAACUCAUUGUACAUGCGCUCAAUGCCUUAAGAGAUACACUUGCUCAAGACGUCGAGUUGACCUACAAAAAUACUUCUGUAAGUAUUGUAGGGAAGAACACUCCAUUCGCCUUGUACGACGAUGAGAAUGUGCAACAGUGGAUAGACAAGUUGGAUGCUGUAUCGAACUCAAGAAAUAGAUCAAACGGCGAUGAUGACGACGAUGACGAAGAUGAUAACGAUGACAAUAAGGAUGAUGCAGUCAAGACAGAGACUGGAGCUACCGCUGAUGCUGGCGAAAGUGCUGCUGAUUCAGCCGUCGGUGCAAACAUCCAAACUGAUGCUGGUCAGGAAGAUAGAAUGGAAACUGAGUAG